UCAGAUCAAAUAUGGCGCUGGUGUGUUGUUGUCGCUGUCGCAAUUUGGCCAAAAUUAAUUCGCAUUAAUCGCGUCGAACGAAACAAAAAAUAAAUAAAAUCGCAGUCGCAAGAAAGCGAACAAAAGCACUAUUAAUCUGUGCAAAACACAAGUGUAAAGUUCCUUUUAAAGCUGCAACGAAAAAACGGAGUUGCAGUUGAAAACGAAGUAGCCGAAAAAAAAUUGUGUCUACUCCUUGAAAAGGAGUUUAGUUGUUCGCUCUUCGUUCAUGUUUGUGCGUAUGUGUGUUUGUUUGUGUAAGUGCUGUUCAAGUAGAGUGCUGCCGAAAACUAAAUAAAUUGAAUUAAAACAGCGGCUUCUUUUCUGUCGUAAAAAAAGCGAUUCGCUGUGCUGUCUUCGACCGCCGCCGCUCGAUUUGAGUGUGUGUGUGUGUGCGUCAUUGCCGCUUGCUGCAGCAGCAGCAGGAAAAGGGAGUAGCUGCCAGGCAGCAGACACCAACACCAACGCAUUUUCACUCUGGUGUUAAGGAAAAUGUUGUGAUCUCAUUAUUAUAAUUAACAACGUAACAUAUUGGAGACGGCGCAACACGUUCCCGGAGGAAAGCAAGGGAAAUUCAACGGAAACCUCUCUCCUUACUUCAAAAUAUUACACAAACAGCUUUUCGCCCUUAAGCGACAGCAACAACAACAAACCAGAACGAAAUGACUGAGCAAAGCAUUAUUGGCGCACGCGCCUCUGUGAUGGUGUACGAUGACAACCAGAAGAAGUGGGUGCCAUCGGGCAGCUCGUCGGGAUUGAGCAAGGUGCAGAUCUACCAUCAUCAGCAGAACAACACAUUCCGUGUGGUGGGACGCAAGUUGCAGGAUCAUGAGGUGGUCAUCAACUGUUCCAUUUUGAAGGGUCUCAAAUACAAUCAGGCUACGGCUACGUUCCAUCAAUGGCGCGACUCCAAAUAUGUAUAUGGUCUCAACUUUUCCAGCCAGAGCGAUGCCGAGAAUUUUGCGCGUGCUAUGAUGCAUGCCCUGGAGGUCCUGAGCGGUCGCGUGAUCAACAAUCCUGCCGGCCAGCCAACCAACGGCAAUGGCUACGAGGAAGAUAUGGGCUAUCGUACAAUGACCAGCGAGGAUGCGGCCAUAUUGCGGCAGAACAACGGCAUCGGUGGCCACAUAACGCCCUCGGCCCAGACGCCCACCUCGCAGACGAAUCAGAACAAUAUACCACAGAGUCCACCAACGCCGCAGGGACAUCAUCGCACUAGCAGGAAUUCCCUCAGCGCACCACCGGCUCCACAGCCGCAGCAGCAGCAGCAACAACAACAACAGCAGCAGCAGCAGCAGCAACUGGCACCACAACCAGGCUCACACUACGGACCCACUGGAAACGGGCCAACGUCCAAUGGCCUGCCACAGCAGCAGGGCAAUCCACAAAUGCAAAUACCACCAGCACCCGGUCAGACACAACAGCAGCAGCAGCAACAGUACCAACAGCAACAGCAGCAGCAGCCCGUCUACACAACUGCGCAGCAACAACAGCAACAGAUGGUCCAAGCUGGCUAUGCGCCCCCACAGCAGUACCAGCAGCCCCACUAUGUGCUCUCAAACUCUAAUCCCAAUCUCAAUCUACAUCAAUACCCGACACAGCCACAGCCGCCGAUGCCAAUGCCGCCGGUGCAUCAGAACGGAGGCGGGCCCAUAUACGGUGCCACACAGCCAGCCCAUAUACCGAGCUCGGCCAGUUCCAACAGCGUUGUCUACUCCAGUCAACAGCAGUUGAUAGCGCCACAGCCACCGCAGGCGCCUGGCAUGCCCGCUGCUGGCUAUGUGCAACACAAUGGCCAGCAGUCGCAACAGCAGCCGGAGAAUCCGUAUGGCCAAGUGCCGCUGGCACCGCCAAUGAUGCAGCAGCAACAGCCGGGCGGUGGUGUGCCAAUGCCGCCGCCACUCAAUCGCAUGAGCAGCACAGGAGCAGGACAAGUGGCUGCGCCAGCGCCACCACCACCGCCACCCACAUUCGGCGGUGCACCGCCAGCGCCGCCACAGAUGUUUAAUGGGGCUCCAGCGCCGCCGCAGCCACCCGCACCCCCAGCGCCACCAGCUAUGGGUGGACCACCAGGGGGACCGGGCGGACCAGGCGGUCCUGGCGCACCACCACCACCGCCGCCGCCUCCAGGCUUAGGCGCAGGCGGUGCAGGCAAGAAGGAUGAUCCGCAGGCUGAUCUAAUGGGUUCACUGGCCUCCCAGCUGCAGCAGUUCAAGCUCAAGAAGAACAAGUCCACCACAUCUGCUCCUGAGAACAGCGGCAGCAGCACCUCCAGCGCCGGUAGCGGCAACUAUGGCACCAUUGGACGCAGCUCCAAUGGCAUGGCAUCCAUGAUGGACGAGAUGGCCAAGACACUGGCUAGACGUCGCGCGCAGGCCGAGAAGAAGGAGCCUGACCCUGAACCGGAAGUCAAACAACGGCCGUGGGAAAAGUCAAAUACGCUGCCACACAAGCUGAGCAGUGGCGGCGGCAGCAGCACCAACACAUCAGCCGCAUCUAAUGCACAAUGUGGUGCCAAUGGCAACAAUACAUCGAACAGUGGCGGUGAAUCGCCCCGUCCCAUGCGCAAGCGUUUCGGCAGUGCCAGCGAGGAGACCAUACUCAAGCAGGUCAAUGGCGAUGGUCUGUCGCUGGCGCUGUCCAACAGCGAUCUGGACACCCUGAAAGCAGAGAUAGUGCGCGAGAUGCGACUUGAGAUACAGAAAGUGAAAAACGAGAUCAUAGACGCUAUCAAAUCGGAGUUCAAUCGUAGAUAGAUCACAAAAUAUACUUAGCCUCAAAGCAGCCUCUUAUUACUGUCUACUGCCUACAUCAUCAAGAGUAUAUCAUGAGAAAGUUUAACAGCAACUAGAAGAUACACUGUCCUACAAGUGAGCCUGUCCAUGUGGGCGGGAGGGCAUGUCUCUGGCAAAAACUAGCACACGAAUCACGAACUGAGUUAUAUAUUGCAUGUAAACAGAAAUCGCGUCAAAUAUUUAAAUGUGUAAUUUUUAAAUAUUUUAAUUGUAUUUAAUUCAAAUAUUCUAAUGGCGCCCAACAUAAUGGGCAUAUAUA